CUAACACGAAAUCAACCAUCAUUUCCAAAAAAAGGAAAUUUUAAUUAUUAUAGAAAUUAAUAGGAAAUUUCUUAUCGAAUGAUUGCGGGCGCAGAUUUAAAGGCCAGGCGCCAUUUUUGAACGUUACAUUUCUAUAUUGAAAAUUGUUGUUUCUGACAGUUGUAUUUUAAACUCUUUAAUAUGAAUGAUGCGACAGGGAGAAAACCCAUUCCGUGAUAUAAGACAUAUUAAUAAACCUGAAAUGAAAAGUAUAAAUCUGUGCGACAUGCAACUUCUAUGAUGAAUUGAUGACGUGUUGAUCGAUCAUGGAUGAUAUCAGAAUAUUAGAAGCAAAGUUACUUCAAAGUGAAACUGAAAAUCAGAGGCUACGAGAACAACUCCAUGGCUUGAUUUUGCUUGUGAAAAAGUAAGUGCAAUUUAAUCUGCGACGUAGAGACGUGCCGUAUACUGUAUUGCCGUGUACCGAAUGUUACCAGAAUAACCGGAUGGUAGUCUACAUGUACCAGGCUCAAUACCAGUCAUGGCCUCAAGUCGGUGAUCCUCCUGGCAAUUCAGGGGAGAUCACUUCCCAUAAUGCCGGCUGAUAAUUGAGCCCAGUAGUCUACCAGGUACUGGUUAGGAAAAAUGGUAACCAGAUUACAAAUAAUAACCAGAUAAUGGAUGCUAAUGGGGAUGCUUGAACAAUACUUUUCCCCACAAUACUGUAUGAACAUAAUACUUUCUGAUCUAUGCGAAAAAUCUGCUAUCAAAUGGGUGACCCUGGGUUACCAUCUUAGCUCCUCCCCAACCUCCCACCACCAUUCCUUACAUACAUUUACAAAUCCCCAUUACAUGCAGUAUAAAUCUCUGAUAAUAUGUUGUGUGUUUUAAAUUUUUCUAGAGCAUGGACUGGUGAUCACAGUGCUGCAAUUGAUGUUGCUUUGAUUGUUGGUGAGUGAGAUCUUUGGGACUUGCAUCUUUCUGUGUGUUGAGCUACUAAAGUGGUUAUAGGGGGUUGACAAAUUUAUAGAUUGCCUCACAACCAACUUGUUCCACCAGAAGUCCAACUUCUUGUCAACGCCUAUACUUUUAGAUGAUUUUGGUGUAACUGUUACAAUGCUGUUGCUAUGUUCCAUAGCUGUUGCCAUGUUCCAUAGCUGUUGCCAUAAUCUACUGGCAUUCAUUCUCCUGAAAAUAUGCAAAAUGGUGAACAUUCAGUCGAGGUGAAUGCCUCUUGUAAGUGCACUGGCUAGGAAUAACAUGCAUUUUGAUGAUGAAUCAUUGAGCAUCAUGGCUACAUGUCAGCAGUUACGCUUUCUUGGCUUCUGUGUGGCUUUAUUCUGUGACAAGACUCUUGGCGCACUAUCUCAUUUUUUUAUGUUUUCUAUGUUUUCAAUUUUUUCUUUUGUUAAUUUGUACAGGUGUGGCUCGACCAACCUUAGAAGUUUCAUCUAUGACAGAUGAAAUGGUUGCUGUUCCUAAGGUAUUAUAUUUCAUACUUUAAUUAUUAAUACUUUGGGGCCUUCAGCGGUGCAGCAAAGAGGCUAAUCAGCCUAGACCCAGGGCCUAAUUAUGCCAGAGCCUGGCUUACGAGUUACGAGUUCCAAAUUAUACAGCAAUUUACAGCAGUGCAGCAAAGAGGCUAAUCAGCCUAGACCCAUGCAGGCUAAUCAGCCUAUAGACCUAGGGCCUUUUAUUUAUAUUUGAUUGCAUGAGAAUGAAAGUUGGCAAGAGAGAGUUUGAAUGAGAGUUUUCUUAACUCUCAUGCCCCAGUCUAAUGGGAACCAGAAAACCCCAUAAUACAGGUGACAUUGCCUUAAAAUAUAAAUUAUACAUAAUGAAAUAGGGAUAUACACAUAAAUAAUACAUAAUUGAAAUAGGGAAAUGGAAAGCUACUCCAGUUUCCCUGGAGACUGUUACUGCCUAUUUUGUCAUUGUACACCAUUUCGCUUAAACUUCUGCAUUUAUUCAAAUGAACAGUCUCCAUGUAUAAACAACUGGUUCAGACUAACAGUUGGACUCAUCAACAAGGAGUACAAGGAGAAACAAACAACAGCCAAAGCACAGCAAAUGUUACACUUUCGGAAUCGAGAAGCUUUCAUUGACGAACAAAUGGAGAAUUCAACAUACAACAGGGAGCCGAAACCUGGGGAAGUGGAACGAAGAGCAAGUUUAUUACAUGACUUAGUUGUAAGUGUUUUUGAGCUUCAUUUCAAACCCAAUGUAAAUUAAUUAUACAGUGGAAUGUACCUUUCCUAACAGACACCUCUCAAAUAAUCCUAAUCGUCUUGCAAGGCAUGAACAACAAUUCUCAAAUUUAAAAGCAUAUAUAUGCACUCUACAGUAGCUAUACUAAAGUAAAAAACGAGUUCCGAAAAACAAAUUUCGAAAAGUUGUGUUUUACUUUAAAUUGUCAGCUGGUCAUGGUUUUUGGACUAGCUAUACUGUAUAGACAAUACUGUUUGGCAUAUUAUUUAUUGAUAUUUGAUAUGAUUUACUCAAUUAUGGAUGCCAGGAGUCAAAAUGAAAUCGGAAAAAAUGAUCAAUUGUCAUUUGGUUGGACAUUUUUUCUGAGCAAUUUUUAGAACACUUCUGUAAGCCCAGCCCUAGGCUAAAAAAUAUUACCUGGGUUUCCCAACCUUUUUCUACCUAUAGAGUAGCUUUUGGCCACUGAAAUCACAUGACCCUUUUAUCUGAAGUUUGCAAAACCCCAUUUCGUGAUGUUAGUGAUCUUAAUUUCUAUAACCAAAUUCCCCAUGUCCUUCUCAUUAACCCAUUUACUGAUUUAGCGUUUUUUAAUUAAACAAAAAAUAUAAACUAAUUGUCUUUCUUAUUAUAUUUCUACAGGAAAAUGAAAAUAUAAAAAGAAAUGAAUUAAAACUAAAACUUGGAAUGUUAAGUCCUGAGACUCCAAGUUUGAAACCUAAGACUAGAGUCAGUUCAGCUAAACUUGCGAGAAGUUCAAAAUCAACCAACACUGAGAAAAUGGACGAAUGUUUGGUUUUUCAAUCCAGGUCUACUGGAGCAUCAAAGGUAUAAUCAGGGCAGUAUAAUGUAUUGAUAAUUAACACUUUUGCCCAAAUACCUCGUUCUCAUGUUUGUUUGUUUUGGCGUAUAGAAGACGUACAUUAUUUUAUCCCUAUGUAUGUUUCGUGUGACGGAUACGUUUCUCUUUGAUUUUGAGCCCGACCACAAGCCUAUCAUCCUUAAGGUUACAGAACACCUUUGAGUGUUAAUUUUGCCUAAAAUUUUUUUAUUGGUUUUCAUGAAAGCAUUAGACUAGUUCUACUAUCUGACCAAGUUUGAACGAAAAAUGUUGAAAACUCGCAGAGUUAUUUAAUAAAAUACAUUUCGCUGCAAUAAGAAAAACAUUGAAAAUGUAAUAUUCAAAUUCAAUUUUCUCCCGAAAAAGUUUACGGUAAUUAGUGAUAUUCAAACGAGUUGUGCUCCUGCGGGUUUUAACCAAUUUUUCUCAAAUUUUCACAGGACAUAGCUAAAGACGUCAGUUUCAAAAUUGUGUUCGGCUUUUUUUUAAUUUUGGAUAUUUUAAAAAUAAAGAGCAAUUCAUUCAAACAAUUCAGAAAUAUAUUGCAGUCGUCAAAGAAAUCGCCAUAUCAGCGGAAUGACGCAAUAAACAAAAAUUUCCGAACACAAUUUUUUAGAACAACUAUUUUACUGUAUAAAAAUGAUAUUUUCAUAAAUAUAACUUAAAACCAGCAGGAGCAUAACUCAAAAGCGUAACGGUACCGCGAUUUAAGAUUUUCCUGAAUAAUUCUUACAUUAUUUUAUUGUUUGUUAAUUUUAAAACUUUACCAUAUUUUGCAUGCACUGGAGAACAUUUGGUGAAAAUUUGAUGAAAAUCGGACUGAUAUUGAGCGCGCAGUAGCGAUUUUCCGCAAAACGCCAAAAAGGGUGUCCUGUAACCUUAACCCAACAUGAGGAAAUAACGACAUUAAAACGAGGCCAUUGGCAUUGAGGCAAGAGUGCAAUAAACAGCUAGCACAGUCAUUCUCUUUAUUUAUCCGAUAUCUUUGAUCCUUAUAACUAAGUUCACCUAAAAUAACUGUUACAACUCUAUUACUGUCUAUUGGUAAGUAUAAAUAAUGGCAUUUUUAAUUCAGGAACGGCAAUUACCACUAGUGACAGAAAAGCGGCCAAUGUCAGAAGAAAAGCACAAGAUCCGGGCGAAAUCUGCAGGUAUACAUGAUGUAGACGUUUAUAUUUAACUAGUGUAUGUAUUAAUUGAAUGGGCAAUUCCAGCUAUAUCAAGACUAAAUUUUGAUCUAGGCAAGAAGAACAAAAUCCAUCACCACAGCUAGAAAGAGCAUGUUAAAAUUAGUAAAAGCAAAGUUUGGUUGCGAAAUGUUGUAAAAUGCGGAAAAUAGAGCCCUGCAAAAUUUGCUAAUUUUGUAUUAGCUUGUAUUGCAGUUUACACGCGGGAAAAUGCACCGCAUUUGGGCCGAAAGUGAUGCAAAUUCUUCCCGUGCGUCGUCGUACAAAUUAAUACAAAAUUUGCAACUUUUGCAGGGCUAUAUUUUCCGCAUUUAACAACAUUUUGCAACCAAACUUUGCAAUUUUACUCAUUUUAACAUGCUCUUUCUAGCUGUGGUGAUGGAUUUUGUUCUUCAUGCCUAGAUAAAAAUUAGUGUAUAGCUGGAAUCGGCCCAUUGUCUGUGGUUUACUCUACUGAAAAACCUACAGAUACACAACAGUGCACGCUGUCGGAAGCAACUGAAUUGUUCUGGCGGCAUGCUGAUCCAGAAACAUUUUGCGUUUCCGAAGCCUCAAAAGAGCAUUUUCCGUGUUUACAGUACUGAGCUCGAUUGCCAGCAACCAUGCUAAUGCAUUCCAAAUUAGGUCGGUAUUACUGUAGUUGUUACGACGUGUGUCAGGAUUCACUGAUUCUCUGUCUGUUGUGUUUUUCCCUGUCCUAACUGGUAGUUUCAAGAAAUAGAAUGAAUAUCUUUCAGAAAAAUGUAUUUAUUUAUAUCAUUAUAUGUGGUGUAUCUUCAAGACUAAGUACAGAAUGCAACUAUCUGCAGCCCUGUAUAACCUGCAGCCCUGCAGAUCCGGCACAGCGCUCUAACCAACUGAGCUUGUAUGUACCAGAUUGGCAUCACCUUAGUAUCUACAGGGUGUAUAAAAAAAACUGCACAGAUUUGAAAUUGCUCUUAAAUUCGCAAAACAGCUAUUAGUAUCCAGUUUUUGAUGUAUAUAGCUUCUUUGGGUACUUAUAAUGUAGAAAAAUGGGAACAAUUUCUCGAACUCAAAUUUUGUAAACCAGGGGGGAGGGUGUCUUUUCCAACAAACUAAAAAUGGCUUGCGCACGAAAUUUAAAAGCUUUAUAUUAAUCAUAUUUUGAGUUGAUAGAUGGAACAUUUGUUGGGUUUCUUAAUUACUGUACAAAAUUUCAGACAAUUUGCUUUAGUUUAAGCCUUUAACUAUUCAUUUUUCUUUAAAAAAUUAGCCUUUCGCAUGCUUAAUUAAUGCCUUUACCUAAUUUGCAUAUUGCUGACAUAUGCAAAUUUUUUAAGAAAAAAUGUAAGUUUGCGCGAAUGGUUAAAGGGCGUAAACUGAAGCAAAUUGUCUGAAAUUUUGUACAGUAAUUAAACACCCAACACACUUUCCAUCUGUUAACACCCAACACACUUUCCAUCUCUUAAAAUAUGAUUAAAGCUUUUAAAUUUCGUGCGCAAGCCAUUUUUAGUUUGUUGGAAAAGACACACACCCCUGGUUCACAAAAUUUGAGUUCGAGAAAUUUUUUCCAUUUUUCUACAUUAUAAGUACCCAAAGAAGCUAUAUACAUAAAAAACUGGAUACUAAUCGCUGUUUUGCGAAUUUAAGAGCAAAUUUCAAAUCUGUGCAGUUUUUUUUAUACACCCUGUAUUUAUACAUGAACUUGUGUUUAGAGCUCGACAACUGUCUCUCUGUACUAGAGCUCAGUUGGUUAGAGCUCUGCACCUGAAUCGCAGAUUCGAUUCCUGCGAGAGGGCAGAUAGUUGCAUUUUUGCAACUGCUCCUGCUUAGGUCUGAUAAAGUAUAAAAAUUCCACUCGAAAUUUAUCAUCUACAGGCCUGUUCACACUUGCAAUUUUUACUGCGAUUUCUAGUGCAAUCUUCUUCUGAUGGAUGUGAACGAGUAGAUGAGUUAUGAAUGUUCUGAGUACAUGUACCCUCAUCUGAACAUUCAUAACUCAUCCACUCGUUCACAUCCAUCAAAAGAAGAAAAUCGUAGUAGAAAUCACAGCAAAAAUUGCAAGUGUUAACGGGCCUUACAAAUCCCGUCAACAGCUGGUUAUAUCGAAUGAGAUGAUAUUUACCCAUACAUACAGGUAGAAGACGACCUGGAUCAGCAAUUACUGCAUCAACACCAGGCAAGACAGAACGACCCAGGUCUGGUAUUAAGAAGACCAAUAAAGGUAGGAUCGAAGAUAAACUAAACAAAACCGAAAGUGAUAUUGCACUGACUGUACAGCUGUUGCAACAACGCCUUGGAAUCGAUGGGAGAGGGAUGGUGUAGUGGUAGGACUGGUGGUGGUGGUCAAGUCUGUAAUAUAGGUGUACUGAGUUGCAGAAAAGCUGCGGGUACAGUAUAUGCGGGUACAAGGUUUACCAUACUGUAUGUGAGGUCAGUGAAGAAGGUUUAAUGUGGAACACUCGGCUCAACAUUAACACCAUAAAAAAAUGUGACUGAUGCUUACUGUAUGACUAGGCUGGUUGAUGUUGGCUGGAUGCAUAUUCUGCCGGAGUUGGAAAACUCCAGCCAAAACUCCGGCAGACAAAAUUAUUUCUUCCUAUUUCAAUGAACUUUUGGUAAUGGAAGAAUUAAGUUGUUGAAUGAUUUGAAGUUACUAUAAAGUUUAAUUAUUUGCUCCGAUCAGUUUCGUAAUUCUAACUAACUUUUCUUAUUGGACAUGACUGAGUGAGACUGUGAGUGACUGGUUUCAGUUACUAGCUGACUAUCCUUGACGAAGGGUCUUUGUCUUUGUCAUUUUGCGCGAAACGUUGAGUCGACAGUCGUUGAUUGUUUUCACUCAUAAACUAGCUGAUAUAUUAAUUUUAUUUAAUAAUAUAUGGUUUCAACGAAAAAAUAAAAUAAAUUCUGAAAUUACACUGAAAUACUUCUGCUUCCACUUUUAAAUAUAAAAUUUCCUUAAAAUUUUCUUGCUGUAGCCGGAGAUUUGACUGCCGGAGCCGGAGCUAAAAUAACGUUAUCGCUGUUAUUGCUUCGCAACGUCCGUGAGUCAAUAACGUCUGUUCACCCAUGCAAUGGAGCAUUUAAAUCAUGCGUGGAUCAGUUGUGUGAGG